AUAAUAUCUCGUAUAUAAAAUACUUUUAAUAAACCUCAAUACUUAUUUCAAAGUAUGUCAUAAUUAUAAUUAUAUGAUAGAAAGUCUAACCAUUAUAGUACUUAUUAUUGCACUCAAAGUAAAUUAUCAAUUUUAAAAAUGGGUAUGGGGAAAUGCAAGUCCCUUUAAAUAGAGUUUUUGCAAUAUAAGAUUACACAACGUCAGGGUACUUCAUGUCUGGCUAUUUACAAGUAAGUAACUUUAUCACCGGUAGAUUUAGACUAUGAUCUUUGUUCAAUUAAAUUCAAAUUUGUAUUCUUAAAUUAGGCUUACAAAACCCUGAUAACAAUUCAUUGUCACUUUGAGGAAAAAGAUUAUAAGUACUUCACACCCGAGUCACCUACCAUUCAUUACGAUGGCGUUCGCCCAGUUCGUUUCUGUCUUAAUUUUGACCUCAUUUUUUCUAACAGCAACACCAGCAAUAAUUCCAGAAUCGCUUACAAAUGAAAUCAAGGAAUUUUUCAAAACCGGACUUGCUCCCAAAAAUUUAGCCAAAGAUCUGACAAAAUUCCAAAUGCCUCAUGUGUUUCGUGAAGGCAUGGAAAAUACCUAUGAUCACCCUGUCAUUUGCUUCUUUUGCAAUUUAUUGGUCGAUUUAGCCAUAGGUGAGCGCAGGUUAGGGGCAAGUCGUGAUGUUCUUGCCAAAGAAGUAGAAUUUAUUUGUGUCCAUCUUGGGAUCGAGAGUGAGAGGGUUUGUAAGGGAGUAAUCGAUCUAAAUAUUGACGUUUUUCUUUACAUCGUUGAUAAUUACCACAAACUUGACUCGCACAGAGUUUGUGGGUCCGUUCUCCAGUCUAUGGGUUGCUCACUCGGGAAUAACUUUGAGUGGUCAAUUGAACUUCCCAGUGGGAGUUCACCACUUAGGCCUAAACCGAACGAUACAGUAGAAGUUUUCAAAAUUUUGCAAUUGUCUGAUAUACACUAUGACCCCAAUUAUACCCCGUAUGGAAAUGCCGAUUGUGGUGAGCCUAUUUGUUGUCAAAGUGAUCAAGGCGAGCCUAGUUCACUCGAAAAUACUUGUGGUUAUUGGACGGAUUAUAGAGAGGCUGACACGCCGUGGCAUUUAAUUGAAGAAACAGUCAGACAAGCAAAAACUCAGGAGUUCAAAUAUGUCUACUACACUGGUGAUAUUAUCAGUCACCGAGUUUGGGAGACAAGCAUUGAAAAUAAUAGUCGAGCCAUCACCGACCUUUUUUCCUACUUUAAACAAAGUUUUGACGUCCCAGUUUUUCCCGUUUUCGGAAACCAUGAGCCCCAUCCACUAGACCUUUGGCCAACUGAAAGCGUCCAAGAUAACAAGUUUUCAGUGCAAUGGCUGUUUGAGCUAGUUGCAGGCCCUUGGUCGGAACUUGUGGGCCAAGAUAUAAGUGAAACAGUCCUGAAAGGGGGUUACUACACCGUUAGUCCUAAACCAGGUUUUCGGAUUAUAGCAAUCAAUGGCAACCUUUGUUACACCUACAACUGGUGGCUUAUUUUCAACGAUGUUGACCCUUACGGUCAGUUGCAAUGGCUCGCUGAAACUUUACUCGAAGCUGAAAAAAAUAAUGAAAGCGUUCACAUUUUAUCGCAUGUUCCCACAGGAACUUCCGAAAGUUUAUCAGUUUGGGGGAGAGAAUAUUCCAGAAUUGUUGAAAGAUUUGCAAAUACGAUCACUGGACAGUUUAAUGGUCACACUCACAGGGACGAAUUUCAUGUUUAUUAUAACAGUUCAAACCCAACACAACCAAUAGGAACCGCUUUUAACGGAGCUUCUGUGACGCCCUAUACUGCUUCUAACCCCAGCUACAAAAUUUACGAAGUUGAUUCGACCACAUUUGAUUUAUUAGACUACGAAGAAUGGACGUUUAAUCUUACUUUAGCGAACUCAAAAAAUUCGACUCAGUAUCCGGAUUGGUACAAAUUGUACUCUUUUACCGAAGCUUUUGGGGUUGAUAAUUUAUCGCCAGCUGAGGUUGACAAAGUUUUGUACAAAAUGGCCGAAAAUCAUACACUACUUGACAACUACUUUUUAUACAAAUUUCGAAAUGGUGAUGCUGGAAUUAAAGAUGGUUGUGAUGACUCUUGCAAGAAAAGUAAUCUAUGUGAGAUUGCAACCACUGUUUAUGGAGUUGACGUCCACUGUAAUCGUUUCACUGAAUUAUAUAUCAAAGGACAGUAAUGUUUAAUGUAUUUAUUUGUUGCACUUAUUACUUGAAUAAAAUGCUUGAGACGA